AUGUCCGCGCUGCUUUCCGCGAGGGCGGUAUCAAACCAGAGGGUCGCCGACGUCGUCCAUGCCGUCAUUCAAGACGUCAGAAAGAAUGGCGACAAGGCACGCAUCGGCACGAACCAUGUAUUGCCCACCCGCAAGGCGGGCAACUAUACUGGCGGUCUCUGGGUGGGCAAGUUCCUGAAGACGCAAACGUAUCAGGAGAUCCUCGAUGAAAAGGCCAGUGGUGAGAUGGGCAGGCUCUGUGCCAGAUGCUCGCGCGCCGAGAACUUUGAGGGCCACGCUCGAUCUGGAGAUCUGAGAGCGCAUAAAUACCUCGGGGACGACCACGACUGGGUGAAGAAGGCAAACAUCUGGAUUGCCAAGUCAUAG